AUGCCGAUAAGGUUUGAUAAAAUAGAACUGAUGCGAGUUCAGAUUCCUCAUGAGGACCCUUUGGUUGUCAGUUUGACAGUGGCUGAGUGUUUAGUACGAAGAGUGCUAAUUGAUCCGGGGAGUAGUGCAAAUAUCAUGCCAAGGGUCACUUUUGAUCGCUUAGAAAUCAAUCCAAAGGAGUUGAAGUUUACUGGAAACCUACUGUUGGGGUUUGAUGGCAAACGGGUAGAACCGAUCGGCACAGUGGAGUUGAUGGUCCGUGCAGCUGAAAGGAACCUUGUCGAAAGUUUCAUGGUGGUGGAAAUCCAUCCCUCCUACAAUCUGCUGAUGGGGAGGGGGUGGAUCUAUAGGGUACAAAGAGUCCCAUCGAUCCUACAUCAAGUGAUGAGAUGCAUAAGUCCAGAUGGGAGCAAGGUGAUAGAUAUCCAUGGAGAUCAGGUCGCAGUAAAGGAGUGUUACUUGGUGACUCUAAAAGCUACAGGGAAGGGAAAAGCUCCUACCCAAUCUGCUGAUGAGUAA